AUGCUUUGGUCAACUUCAGCUGUUCUGCUCCUUGCCGGAACGCAAACAGCUUUUGCCAAGUGCAAAUGUACACCAACAGACGACUGCUGGCCAUCCCUCUCGUCAUGGAACUCGCUCAACAGCUCCAUCGACGGCCGACUCAUCCACAACAAACCGCGCGCUGAAGCGUGCUACCCAGGACAAAAUUAUAAUGCGCAGGCGUGCCAGGAAGUUGCCAAAGAAUGGGGGGACCAGUCGGUCAUUGCGCUGGAUCCCAUCGGGUAUUCGUAUCCGGCCACGCCCAGCUGUGCGCCUAUCAACACCACGUUGCCUUCGUAUCCGCUGUGCGAGCUCGGCGCGGCACCGGCGUACUCGAUCAAUGCGACCAGUGCGACGGAUGUGUCUGCGGGGGUCAGGUUUGCAAAGGAUAAUAAUGUGCGGCUGGUGAUUAAGAAUACUGGGCAUGAUAUGGUUGGAAGAUCGCAGGGAUACGGCAGUCUGAGUAUCUGGAUCAAAUACAUCCAGACCGGCCUCGAAUUCCACCAAAACUUCGCCUCUGCUGACGGGUGCCAACCGAACUGGACUGGAAGCGCCAUCACCGUUGGCGGCGGAUAUGUGUGGGAGGACGUGUACAACUUUGCCGCGGAGCAUGGCCACGUCGUUGUUGGCGGUGACGAAAAGACUGUCGGCGCCAUUGGCGGUUACAUCCAAGGAGGCGGGCACUCGCCCUCUAGCCGCUACUUCGGCCUGGGAACCGACCAAGUCCUCGAGAUGACCGUGGUGCUCGCGUCUGGCGAAGUUGCCACAGCCAACGCAUGCGAAAACCCAGAUCUCUUCAAGGCUCUGCGCGGCGGCGGUGGCGGCACCUUUGGCGUGGUCAUCUCGGCCAUCAUCAAGGCAUACCCGACAAAACCGAUGCUAAUGCACAGCAUGGCGGUGAUCCCGAUAAAGGCGACCAUCGCCAACACGAUCAACGCGACGGCAAACAUCAUGUCCAAGUUUGCCGUUCUCUCCGACACCGGAUUCUCGGGCUAUGCUCUGAUGGGCGAUGCGUCCAUGGCUUCGGCCUCGUACCCAACCUCGCUGUAUGCCCAUGGCUUCGGCAUGAUGAUCCAGGAUGAGAACAACCAGGACGCCAUCAUCGCCCAAGCCAAGGCGCUCGUCGAAAAGGAGAUUGUAAAUGACCUACUGCCGUACAAUGGAACCGAGUUCCUCGUCACGUCCACGUUUGAGACCUUGCCCACGUUUGCCGAGUACUACAACGCCAUCGGCGGGCAGUCGACGACAGGCAACACGAACAUCAUGCUGAGCUCGCGCAUGUUUGGCAAGGAAUCGCUCGAGAACAACGCGCCCAAGCUGAACGAUAUGCUGCACACUGUGUUUUCCGAGACUGACAACGGCACGCUCACCACGGACAAGACCAUGUUCCUGAUGAACCUGGUGGGCGGCGGCGCCGUGCUCGAGUCGCAGCCGCACGUCUCGGUGAACCCGGCGUGGCGCAAGACCUAUGUGCUAAACGAGAUCAUCGCUGAGUGGCCUUUUGACCUGACCUCGCCGGAGAUCAAGGCGUUCAAGGAUAACGUCGUGUACCGCAAGACGGAUGCCAUGAAGGCGCUGACUCCGGGUAUGGGAGCGUAUAUCAACGAGCAUGUUGGCGAGGAUCCCAACUGGAAGGCGGACUUUUACGGGCCCAGCUCCAACUACGACUGGCUCUUGUCGGUCAAGCAAAAGUAUGAUCCGGAGGAGGUCUUUUGGUGCUGGCGCUGUGUCGGCAGCGAGGGCUGGACGCAGGAGACCGACGGCCAGCAGUAUGGGCCGUUGUGUCAAAUCAACUAA